GUGGUGGAAAGUUUUAAGUAACAAGUCGCGGUGGCUGGCGCACGGUCGGCUAGCAGGAACUGAACCGAGGGCCUCACUGGGAGGGCAGCGAACUGCACCGCGCAUGUCCGCGCCCAGCUCUUGACGGGCCUGGCGCCAAGCGGGAGAUGAAUCCUCAGCUGGGGCAGCGCGAGGAGGCCAACCCCCUUUCCGAGGAAACAGGACUAGGCCUCCUGUGCAUUCAUCUUUGCCCCCACAUGUUCGCUGAGGCAGUUUGUAAAUUCCCAGCCAGGUUUCAUUGCUUCUAGGGGCGGUGACCACUCUGCAUCCGUGUUUGAGGGCGUCUGAGGUUAGAGCCAAUUUGUGAAAUGAGUGACUCUGAAGAUGAUGAGACCCCACAGCUUUCUGCCCACACCUUAGCAGCUCUCCAGGAGUUUUAUGCUGAACAAAAGCAACAGAGUGACCUGGGUGAGGAUGAUAAAUAUAACAUUGGAAUAAUAGAAGAAAAUUGGCAAUUAAGCCAGUUUUGGUAUAGUCAGGAAACUGCUUUGCGACUUGCACAGGAAGUCAUUGCUGCUACUGGAGAAGGUGGCAGAAUAGCAUGUGUGAGUGCCCCCAGCAUUUACCAGAAACUCAGAGAGCUGCACAGAGAAGACUUUUCAAUAUAUAUCUUCGAAUAUGACAAAAGAUUUGCUGUGUACGGAGAGGAGUUUAUCUUUUAUGAUUACAAUAAUCCAUUGGAUUUACCUCCCAAAAUUGCUGCUCAUAGUUUUGACAUCGUAGUAGCAGAUCCUCCCUAUCUUUCUGAGGAGUGUCUCAGAAAAACAUCAGAAACCAUCAAGUACCUGACUCAAGGCAAGAUCCUGUUGUGCACAGGGGCCAUCAUGAAAGAACUGGCAGCAGAACUCCUUGGAGUGAAGAUGUGCAAGUUUGUUCCAAAACAUACCCGAAACCUGGCAAAUGAGUUUUGCUGUUAUGUGAAUUAUGAAUCUGGGCUAGAUUGUGGUCUGUAAAUAUAGGGAGUAACAUGACACAGUCAGUGCCCCUGGCACAUUUCUCCUCUUUUUUUAUUUUCCUUUUAGAUUGAAAAGUUAUACCCUCCUCCCCUCCCCACCAAAUAAGAGCUGUCCUUGGCCUGAUUUUCAAAAUAAGAUCACAACCUGUCAUUGUUUCCUUAAGGAGAACAUCUAGUUCAGUCUUCUGCCAACCUGAAUCCAUGGAAUUAGAGUUGGAAGAAACCUUAGAAACUGCCUAAUCCACUCUCAUUUAAUGUAUGUAAAAUCAGAAGAACAGUUUAGUGGAUUGCCCAAGGCCUCCUGAAUUAGAUAGCACCUCAGCCAUGGCCUCAGGCCAUAGGUUCCCUUAAAUGGGCUCCUUCUGACUGUCUGGCACAGUCUGGUAGCAUCCUAGGGCUCGUAGGCCCCCACCCCCAUCUUGUACCAACCCCACAGGGAGGUACAUUGGUAAUCCCAGGAGCUAGUAUCUGGGUGCCUACGGGAAUUCUCCUCUUCCCAGUUCUGGAAGGGCUAAGAUAGUGAAGAGAAUGGAACACUGAUGGCUUCUGUGCAGCUUAGUCUUGGCGCCCUCACUUUGAAUGGCCUGGGAAGAUGAAAGUUCUGUCUGUAAACCAAACCCCAGAACCAAAAAGGGAGAUGGGAAAUAUGUGUGUUGUCACUGUUCAAAGCAUAUUCAUCAUACACCUGCACCCCAGAGGACGUCAGCAGCCAGAAGAGAUGAUGGCCCGUUGAUUGACGCAAGUGGGAUGGACCUCAAGAGCAUCAAACUAAAUGAAAAAAUCCCCAAAGAUCAUACAUUGGAUGUUGCUGGUUAUAACAUUCUUGGAGGGGAAACAGAUUAGUGGUUGGUAGGGGUCAUGUAGAUACAGGAGGAGUCCUCUUGUACUGUAGUAGUAGUCUGUGUCUUGCCUAUGGUGGUGGCCUCACGUAUCUGCACAUGUGACAGCAUUACAUGAAACUGUACAUACGCACAUAUGUGCAUAUCUAAAACUGGUUACCUCAUACUGGGGUCUGUGAGUUGAACCAGUAUUGUUUCCUGGUUGUUACAUUGCACUACAGUUAGGUAAUUUGUUAGCAAGGGGAAACUGGGCAAAAGGUAUGUAAGACCUAUCAAUAGUAUUUUUCCAAUUUCUUAGGAAUCCACAAUCAUUUUAAAAUAAAAACUUCUAGCUGGGCAUUGUGGCAGGUACCUGUAAUCCCAGCUACUCAGGAGGCCGAAGCAAGAGGAUUUCUUGAGCCUAAGAGUUUGAGGUUGCUGUGAGCUAUGAUGAUGCCAUGGCACUCCACUAAGGGCAACAGAGUGAGUCUGUCUCAAAAAAAAAAAAAAGACAAUAAAA